AUGGGUUCUGUCGAGUUUGUCAUAUGGACGGGCAAGGGCAGAGCAUACACAGUGUCCAUCGCGCUGCCGGGGUCUAUUGUCGCAAAUGCGCAGUCACCGGAAUUAAAAACAUAUCUGGCGGGUCAGGUGGCACGGGCGGUGACUGUGUUUGAGAUCGAUGAGGUGGUCAUCUUCAAUGAGGACUUAAAGCAGGAUGCAGGUGAACCAACUAAGAAGAAGGGCAAGGAAAUCACAGGCCAAUUCGAGGGUGCAACGAUAAAAACCGAUCCAAAUCUAUUUUUAGCGCGAGUGCUACAAUAUCUCGAAACACCACAGUACUUGCGGAAGGCCUUUUUCCCCGUGCAUAGGGACUUAACGUAUGCCGGUCUACUGAACCCGUUAGAUGCACCUCACCAUAUGCGUAAAGAUGCAGUGGCCCACUAUAGAGAGGGCGUGACAUUGGCCCGUCCCGUAAAAAAGGGACAGGGCUCACUGGUGGACUGUGGAAUGUGGCAGCAAGUCAAGAUCGAUCGCCAUAUUCAGCCGGGAGUGCGUGUGACCGUAAAGAUGCAAGACCCUCACGGUGCUAAGCCUGGAAAACAUCCCAAGGGCACGGUAGUCAAACCUUCGGCGCCGCGAGAAGAGGCUGGGUUGUAUUGGGGCUACACCACACGCAUAGCUAACACUAUGGCGGACAUAUGGAGUGAGUGCCCCUAUAAAGAAGGCUAUGACCUGACGGUGGGAACAUCGGAGAAUGGCGAGAACAUACACGAGCUGGAAUUACCGCAGGCAAAUCACAUUCUGAUUGUGUUCGGUGGUUUGGCUGGUCUCGAGUCUGCGUUGGAUGUGGAUCACUCACUGGGUUCAGCCGAAGCACCUGAUCUAUUCGACUACUACGUCAACACUUGUCCCAAUCAAGGGAGUCGCACGAUACGCACUGAGGAAGCGAUACUGGUGACCAUGUCUGCCCUGCGGAGUAAGAUUAAUAACAAACAUACGGGAUUGAAUACGUCAUAAAGAAGAUGUCAAAAGUUAUACUUCUGUUUUACCCAAA